GCCCGGCCGAUAGCAGUGGAGCGAUGGCGGGGGACCCUUCAACGGAGCUUCUUUUUCUGGAUACGUUUAAGCAUCAGAGUGCAGAGUUAACCAACAUAGACGUGGUGCGGUUUCCCUGCGGGGUGCUGAUCACAGAGGUGCGGGUCAUUCCUCCAGGGAUCAAAGCUCAUAGUAACCUACCUGACAGCAGAGCGUUUGGAGAGACUUCUCCUCAUGCCUUCCAGUUGGAGCUCUUCUUCAAUAAUGUUACCAAACCCAACAGCCCCACCUUCCACAGACUGGGCAGUUUGGAAUAUGAUGAAAACAAGUCCAUUGUGUUCAGACCCAGCGGAAAGGUGAAUACAGAUGGCCUAGUGUUGCGUGGCUGGUACACGACUCUGACUGUUGCGGUGUACGGGAUAGCGGAGCGGCCGCAUGGACACGACCAAGACUCACCUCCUCCCCCUCCACCACCACCCCCUCAACAGCCCAGCGGGCUCAAGAGGAUCCUUAAACAAGAGUGGGAAAAAGAUGACCAGUACAAUGGCAGCCCACCAAGACCAGCACCCAGAGGGCCUCGCACCCCACCUGGUCCUCCACCCCCGGAUGAUGAUGAUGAGGAGCAGGUUCAAAUGACGGUGGGCGAGGCCAAGGAAGAGCCGACCGAGGGCCGUGACGACUACCUGGAGAACGUGUCGCCUGAAAGAUCGCUGCCCGCUGACGAGACGUACUCAGAUGCUGAACAAGAAGAAGAGGCCGAGGAGGAGGAGGAAGAGGAGGAGCAGGAGGAGGAAGAAGAUACACGGACUGAGGGGAGUGCGCCGGAGGAGGAGGACGAAGAAGAGGAGGAGGAGGAUGAGGAUAAUGAUGGCUAUGAACAGAUUUCCAGCGAUGAGGACGAUCUGGAUAAUGGCAGCUUCAAGUUGCAGAACUUUGACAUGGACUACACUCCUGAGGAUCUUGCAUCUGUUCCACCGGUCCAGUACGACCCAUAUGAACGAGAACUCCGACCCUUGCUCUACUUCACGCCUCCAUACAAAACUCGCUUUGAUAUACAGUUUGAGAAGGCCACUGUGGAGGAGCCCAAGGAGGCAGGUGGAGCAGAAGGACCAGCAGGCGGAGAGGAAGCUGAGGCUGUGGCUCAGCUGAAAGAACUCUUAGCUAGUAUUGGUGAUGACAGAGAUGCACGAUGGGUCAGUGCUCUGGAAGAGGCUCCUGGACUUCUGGCAAAAGGGUUGGCUUAUUUAGUUAAAAGGGGAGAGGGCGAGAUAGAGGACUCUGUUAGAGUUUUAGUCCAGUGGAUUCUCCAAGCUCUCAGUAUGGAGGUUGCUCUCAAACAGCCCAUUGCCCUUAACCUCAGACAGCUGAAGGCUGGUGCUAAGCUGGCUUCAUACCUGGCAGAGUGUCCUCAGGGUCUCAUGAUGCUGCUGCAUGAAGGGGUUCUGAAUGUGCUGCUGGAGCUGCUCCAUACAGACCAUGUCUCCUCCACACUGAAGCUGAGUAUCCUAAGAGCUUUGGAUGCUCUGAUCAGCGCUCCUGCAGGGGUGGAGGCCUUCCUACAUGCAGGAAAUUCAGAGAAGAGUGGCUACCAGCGUCUAGUCCAGCUGUUCCUCCGUGAGGAAACGGUGAGGGUCAUAACAGCUGGAAAUGCCAUAUUACAGAAAAGCCACAUGUACGAGGUGCUGGUUGACCUACAGCAUGCAGCAGCUGCAUUGAGUGAACCACAGCAGGUAACAACACCCAUUCACACCCACACUUUCAUAUAUGUUUCAGUGGCUGAGAAUUGUUUUGUGGUAAUCCUGCCUGGCCGUCAUCCUCAGGAGGAGAUGGAUGAUGCAGAGAGCCCUAUGGAAGAGGAGCCUUCGCUAAGCUCCACCGCUCUGAGUGAGGCAGAGCUCGAUAGGUUGGCAGGUGCUUUGGAAGAGCUACAUCACCUGCUAGAAACAGCCCCUCAUUGCAUGGUGCAACCUCCUGGGAAAGCCUUCCCCACUACUGCUAGAAUUACAGGGCCACAGGAGAGGGACAACCCCUACCCAUCACUGUAUAGGUAUAUGCAUGCAUGUCAUUUUCUGGAGAGCACAACAGUGGUGUUGUCAGCAGCUGCUGCAGCCGGCCAUCUUGGGGUCACUCAAGCUGUCAGAGAGCUUCUGCGCUUCCUGUCGCUCACCCAGUCGGGUCUGCUCUUCCUUCUCGCCCAGCCCACACCCACCAACCUGCUGCUGCGCCUCCUGGCGUCGAUGGCAGAGUCUGAGGCAGAGGAGAGCAUGUGUACUGGGGGAGAAGCGGGUCUGAUUGGGCCAGGGUGCGGUGAAGAGGGCUUUGGCGUGUGGCUGAUACAGGCCCUGCAUGCUCUGCAAGGCGUGUCAGAACUCAUGAGCCAUGUGGCUACAGGAGGAGACGGUGGUGCAGGCCUAGAUGAAGGUGACAAUCCAGAUAUACUGGGCACGCUCCAUGCGCUUUACCUGAUGACCUUUACGCAGACUGGACGCAGCGCCGUAGCUCAUGUUUUCAGCCUGGAUAACAACCUUUCCUGUCUGGUCACGCUGCUCCAGCACCACAGCAAGGACGGACAGGGUGAGGGAAAGGCUCGCAAAGCGGUGACAUAUAACUACGCCUGCAUGCUGGUCUUACUGGUGGUGCAGAAUUCUAAUGAGCUGCGGAUGAUGGAACAAUAUGCCGCUCCGCUGGUCUCUAUAGCCAAGGCUGAUGACACCAAUGCCAAGUUGCAGGAGCUCAGUAAAUGGUUGGAGCCAGUGGAGAAGCUUCGCUUUGAGAUUGGCAGCAUUCCCACCCUUAUCGACUAUAUCAAACAGAAUGUAGAAAAUGUGUUAACUGCUGAGGGAACCGGGCUGGUCACUGCUCUGAGGGUCCUCUGUCACAUCGCCUGCCCACCUCCUGCUGUAGAAGGUCAGCAGAGGGAUCUGAAGUGGAGCCUUGCAGGAGUCCAGCUUUUCUCUGGGGAGGGUCUUGAUACGUGUGUGCGUGUCCUGCAGAAGCUAUGCAGCGUGUUACUGCAGCCGUGGCGCGUGCACGGGCACAUGGGUCCGACGCCGCAGCGCUGCAUGAUCCUCAGUAUAUGUAUCAGCACGCUCCGGUUGCUUCGCACCAUGCUCACCGAGCUGCUGCGCGGUGGAGCUUUCCAGUUCAGGGACACUCGCGUGGCCAGCGUGUUGGUGACGCUUCACAUGAUAGUGUGCUCCAUUCCUGCUUCUGGGCGUCUCGAUGGGGAGGAGACCAGAGUUCAAGUGCUCAUUGUUGACGUCCUGCUCACCUUUACGCAGGGUGUUAAUGAGGAGGUGACCCAUACAGAAGAGACUCUGGCCAGCAACACGUGGUCUCUGAUGCUAAAGGAGGUUUUGAGCUCACUUCUCAAAGCUCCUGAAGGCCUUUUCUCUGGUCUGACGCUGCUGUCUGAGCUUCUGCCUCUUCCACUGCCAAUGCAUAGCACUCAGGUGACAUCAGUCCAAGAUGUGGCUGUAGCCUUAAACACAAGGAAGCUGUGGAGCAUGCACAUUCGUGCACAGUGGAAAGUGUUUUCCGAGGCAUUCAGAUGUGUGUGCACCACCACCUGCCCUCCUCUCCUGGCCAUACUCAGGAGAGUGUGCGUUCAGCUUGCAGACCUGUCUUCACCCACUGCAACACACAUCAUGAAGACCCUGCUGGAGCUCCUGCUGGAGGAGCUGCAGCCGGCAGAGGGGAAAAGCGUCUCCUGGGGCCAGGCCCUGCGGCUCCUUUCUUUGAUGGAUACUCUGGUGUCUCAGAGAGCCUGUAAGAGUGCAACACUGCAUCUGCUGUCCGGGUCAGUUUCUGGAGAUGAACAGCUGGCCGACCUGUUCCCCUUGUUGUUGUCUCUGUUGGUUCCUCCAACGGAUCACUCCAUACAUCAGCAGCAGUGCAGUGUACUAGUGGGGACAAUAUUACAGUCACUGUGUGACCAGGACAUUUCUCUCGUGGUGUCUCCACCUGGUGAAAGCUGUGUGUCAGAGGCUGAGCAGCUGGCCAAUGCACUUCCGGGACGAGAGAUGAUGUCAUCGGUGUGCAGUUCUCUGUUGGAGGUUUUGGGGAACGCAGAGAGCAGCGUGCCCCUCCUCCUCACCUGCAUCAGGACUUUGACAUUCCUCACAGAGCACGACUACGGACUCUACCACCUCAAAGUUGCUCUGAAGAAACAUGGCACUGGGCUGUGCUCGCUGCUGAAGAGGCUGGUGCUGUCCUUCAACAAAGACUCAGCAGAUCUGCUCUCAGCUCUGCUCGACUUUCUCAGGCAGAUCCUCCACACAGAACCAAUGUGUGCUGAAGAGGGUCACUGCUCGAGCGAGGAUCCUGCUUUUGUUCCUCCACGGUUGCUGUCGGGCUCUGAAAUGAAAGCUCUGCUCCAGUGGGAGGAGUCGGAGUCACAUCCACUACCUGCUUUGGAAAAACAGAUAGCGAAACUAUGUAAAGAUGACGAUUCCCUGGAGACCAUGUUGGAGAACGUGAUUGCUCUGAGGCAGACGUUGCAGGCGGCCACAGACACGCCUCCUGCAGCUGACACCGAGCCCACUCUGCCAGCACCAGAAACACUCGGGGCCCAGUUUAAUCACAGGACGGUUUUCAUUCUGUCUGAAGCUCUGGAUGAGCAGCUGAAGGCUCUGUGGUUCUCUCCGUUCCAGACUGAUGACAUUGAAACAGACCUUGAUAUGGUGAAGGUGGAUCUGGUGGGUCUGGCUCAGGAGUGUUGUCCAGAACUGGACCUGAAGGCGGAGCUGGAGCGCUCCUUCUUGUCUGAGCCGUCCUCUCCGGGUCACACAAAACCUACGAAAGGCUUCCGGCUGGGCAAACACAAACAUGAGACGUUCAUUACGUCUAGCGGGAAGUCUGACUACAUUGAGCCUGCAAAGAGAGCUCACAUCAUGGCAGCUCCUCGUGGCCGAGGAGGUCGAGGAGGGUUUGGGCAGAAUGUCUCCCGACCGCAUGAUAUCUUCCGCCUGCGCAAACAGAAUACUUCCCGUCCUCCCAGCAUGCAUGUGGAUGACUUUGUUGCAGCGGAGUUUAAAGACAUUACGACCCCUCUAGGGCUUCUGCCUCCUAAACGACCUCCAAAAAGCGCCCCCAAACCUCCCACCAGAGGGCUGUUCACUGGUAACAGAGGCAGAGCUACUUUCCACAGCCAGACUCGCUUUUUCACUCCACCACAGCCUAAAGGUGUACUGCUGUCAGGAAACUACACUCGGAGAGAAGGAGGCCGAGGGUCAUCUUGGAGCGGUCAGGUUCCAGCUGUUACUCACAGAGGGACCUACAGUGAACCCCGUGGAGGACAGAGCAACUUCACUCGAGGGCCACUGCCUUCUCGGCAAUCCCCUGCAAGUGCGUAUCGGCUGGCUCUUCGGGAUCGAGCUCCACGCGGCAGAGGAGGUACUGGCCUGUCGUGGAUUAGCAGCGGAGGAGGUGGCGGUGGUGCCGGGGGAGGCGUCGGUGGAGGUGGUGGAGGGGGAAGAGGAUCUCAGGGGAGCAAGUUCAGCGGUGGAGGAGGGAGCGGAGGUGGGAGGGGCAGACAUGUUCGCUCCUUCACCAGGUAAAUCCACCUAGACAAUGACUCCAGCCUCUCACGGCAACAAAAGGGCCAAUCAGGAUAUUAUAUAUGCUGUCUCCAUGGAAACGUGGUGGUAUGAUGUUGUCACAAAUAAUGUACAGACUGUGUUGAUGUUUUCAGUUUUGUUAUUAUUAGCUGUAUUCAGAAAAUAAAAGU